AAUACUCGAUAUAAACGGAUAAAAACUGUACGACGAAGGACAAGAAAAAGACUAGAUCAAAAAAAAAAAAGGAAAAUAGAAAAACAUCGCCUCAAGUGGAAAAAGGGAAAGGAAAUUCGGAAGGUUGUUAAACUGGCAAGAAAAGCGGGAGGAGGAUUCGAUAGGGAUUCCGAAUGGGGAGCGAAGAAGGCGAUGGGAUGGCAAACGUGGAUGCCGCCGCUUCGUGGCAACAAUAUUACACCUGGUGCAACCCUUACUCGCACCCUCAUUCCCACGGGGCGGGCGCGGGGCAGCCGCACACCCACCCCCACCCCCAUCACUUCCAUCAUCCGAAUCACAUCAAUCAGUAUCAGCAGGCAGGUCAGUAUCAGCAACAAUCGGUGGCGGCAUCCACCGCCAACCCAUCCGCCCAUUAUUCCACCUCCCAGCAGUAUCAUCUGCAGCUGCAACCCGCCCAGACGCCACCCUUGCACCAACAGCAGCAAUUCCAUCCGGUUAGGGGGCAGCCAGCGCCUAGAAGAGCUGCACCUUACGACCGAACAGGUGACCCCAUGAUAACAUCCUCUCUGAAGGGAAAACAAGGCAAAGAUGGACCGGAAGAGAAAAAGGACGCUGAUGGAGAAUUAUGGGGCAACGUGGAAGCGCAGGCCGCCUUCCUCGGCCCAAAUCUAUGGGACAAAACUUUGCCCUAUGAUGCCGACCUGAAGGUAUUGAACCAUUACGUCGAUCUCGACGAGUUUCUCUCCGAGAACGGUAUUCCCGUGGAUGGAGUGGCCGGCGGCGGACAAGGGACGAUGCAGAGCGGACAACUGCACAAAAUGAACAACACCGAAACACCAGGACACCAAGGUCCAGCCGGCCUCCACUUAGAGCCGGUCACCAAACGCGAGAGAUCACCCUCGCCGAGCGAGUGUUGCUCACCCGACACUAUGAACCCUCCCUCGCCCGCGGAUUCCAAUUCCGAGGACUCGUCACGAAUACAAUAUGGCUUGUCUCUUGUAGCGCUCUCGAUGGCCUCAUCGGGGCGAGACUUCGAUCCACGCACCCGGGCCUUCUCCGACGAGGAGCUGAAACCCCAACCGAUGAUCAAGAAAUCACGGAAGCAGUUCGUUCCGGAUGACCUGAAGGAUGACAAAUACUGGGCGCGUCGUAGGAAGAAUAACAUGGCAGCGAAACGAUCACGGGAUGCACGUCGCAUGAAGGAGAACCAGAUCGCUCUCAGGGCCGGCUUCCUCGAGAAAGAAAAUAUGGGUCUACGACAGGAACUGGACCGGUUAAAGAACGAGAACAUGCUGCUGCGUGACAAGCUGAGCAAAUACACGGACGUCUAACAGUGCGCCGGGCAAGCAACAGCUCGUCGUGGUAUUAAAAAAGAUGCAAACACGAGCGUUUGUUGUGCCAGCUCCUCCCACACACUAUAGUCGCAGCACUUAGGUUUUUCGCCAGUUCGGAUGAAAGAAGAGUUAAAAAGAAAAAAAAAAAAAAGAAAAAAAACGAAAAAAAAGAAGAAGAAGAAGAAGAAGAAGAAGAAGAAGAAAAGAAAGGAGCGCGCCGAAUCGCAAGACCAUCCUCGACGAAUUCGAAAAAACCUACUACCCCUCUCCCCUUUUUUCCCUAAACGAUCCACGAAGAUAUUCCUUCGACGAAACUUCUGCCUAUUCACACCAUAUCUUUUCCUCUUCUUUUCUUCUCCCUUCAUACGCUCACAAACACAGACACACGUAUAUUUCUUUUAAUCCGUUCCCUCUUCUCGGUUCCCCCUUUUUUUCCCCAGUGCUCCUUUCUCCCUUCGAAAUUCACCUUAUCCCUCAAAAAAAAAAAAAAAUGUACAUAGUUAUAUGUAUAGUUAGAUUAUAUAUAUAUAUGUAUACAUGCGCGCGCGCGCGCGUACAUACACGGCCGUGUGUAUGUCUGUGUCUGUAAAAGUAUGACUCUGUGCGCGCGUGUACCACGCGCGACCGCAUGCACACGUGUAUGUAUUUAUAUAUACGCGUAUUAUUACAUACCAAGAGGUGUAUAGUCGGGUAUAUUAACUUCGCUGCAACGCAUUAUCAAGCAUUAUAUGUAUACACAUAUAUACAAGAAACGCGUUACGUAUAUAUCUAUAUACAUAAAAAAAAAAAAAAA